AUGAAACGACUCGGGUACGGCCGCUCUAAAUCCCUCUCCCCAAAUUUUCCCCCACCCAUUCUCAUGGCGCCGCCACCCAAGCUGAAGCGACUCGGGUACGGCCUGUGUUCCCCCCACCCUAUCGACUCCCCCCUCCCCCCCCUCUCCCCAGUCUUCCCCACAGCUCUCCUCUACAACAGCCCCCCCCCCUCCCCAAUUCCCCCCUCACCUUCCCCUCACCUCCCCCCAAUCUUCCCCCCUCACCUCCCCCCAAUCUUCCCCCCUCACCUCCCCCCAAUCUUCCCCCCUCACCUCCCCCCAAUCUUCCCCCCUCACCUCCCCCCAAUCUUCCCCCCUCACCUCCCCCCAAUCUUCCCCCCUCACCUCCCCCCAAUCUUCCCCCCUCACCUCCCCCCAAUCUUCCCCCCUCACCUCCCCCCAAUCUUCCCCCCUCACCUCCCCCCAAUCUUCCCCCCUCACCUCCCCCCAAUCUUCCCCCCUCACCUCCCCCCAAUCUUCCCCCCUCACCUCCCCCCAAUCUUCCCCCCUCACCUCCCCCCAAUCUUCCUCAACUGUCAUGGCGUCGCCACCCAAGCCAAAACGACUCGGGCAGGGCUUUCGACUCAAAAACAAACCGCCAUCCCCUCUGUUCUUAUUCUUUCAAAUGCUGGCCCCUUUCCGAUGCUCUCCUCCCCCCGCCUCUCCCAUGCACCUCCCGCCUCUCCCAUGCACCUCCCGCCUCUCCCAUGCACCUCCCGCCUCUCCCAUGAACCUACCGCCUCUCACAUGCACCUCCCUGCCUCUCCCAUGCACCUCCCCGCCUCUCCCAUGCACCUCCCCGCCUCUCCCAUGCACCUCCCCGCCUCUCACAUGCACCUCCCCGCCUCUCACAUGCACCUCCCGCCUCUCACAUGCACCUCCCCGCCUCUCCCAUGCACCUCCCCGCCUCUCCCAUGCACCUCCCCGCCUCUCACAUGCACCUCCCGCCUCUCACAUGCACCUCCCCGCCUCUCACAUGCACCUCCCGCCUCUCACAUGCACCCCCCUCCGCUCACGGAUUUUUUCCAUUCCCAAGUUCACCUUUCAUCCCCAAUCCUCACAUUUCUCCUUGUCUUCCCUGCUGUCAAUGAGUUCCCUCCGCCCUUCCUCCCCUCUCCCCUCCUCCUAUCCACCCACCCCCAGGUGGGACUUCCACAUCUGGCAGGCAAUCGCUGCCUGCAUGCCUUGGUUAGGUGGGACUUCCACAUCUGGCAGGCGAUCGUUGCGUGCAUGCCCCCUCUAGGAUUAGAGUGGUACGCUCGUUUCAGAUUCCCCCCCUUUCCUCUUUCUCCCCACUUUCUCCUCCCCCCCUCUUCCCCUCUCCCCCCCUCUUCCCCUCUCCCCCACUCUCCUCCCUGCAGCUUUCACACCUACCUUUCCCCUUCCUCCCCCUCUACCCCUCUCCCCCUCUCCCCCUCUCCCCCCCUCCCCUUCUCCCCCUCUCCCCUUGCAGCGGUGUAUCUGACCGUGCAAUAUGCCAAAGCAGAGAUUGCAAGGAUGGAAAAGGAGCUACAGGCGGAAGAGGCAUCUGCAGUCAAGGGGAGUGAGUGUGGGAGGGACUGUGAAGGGGAGACGGAGCUACAGGCACAGGAGGCAUUCACAGUCAAGGAGAAUGAGAGUUGGAGUGUUGGGAAGAAUGAGGAGGGAGACCUUUCCUUGCUGCAGGAGCUUCAGACUGACGAGGAAUCUGCAGUGAAGGAGAGAGAGAAGGAGAGGGAUGUGGGGGGGGGAACCUUGCGGUCUACUCGUGUGCUCCCGUGCUCUCUGUCCCAUGCCCCUUCAUGUGCCUCUACAGGCAGAAGACGCAUCUACAGUCAAGGGGAGUGA